CGCCUGGUUCCGUGCGCCGAACAAUCACAACACCGUUCAGAGAUGGCAGCGCUGUCAUCACCGCUACGAGUCUGUCGGGGAAUACUGAAAGAAUUACGAGCCAUCCAUGGGCCGAGUUACAAACAGUCUCUGGCCUACAGCUAUGUUAUGGACCAGUUUCGUAAAAAUAAGGUAACGGGAGAAAGGUACUGCCGUGCCCAGCAGGAGGCACACCAUGCCUCACACACAUACCUGUGCCUGCUUGCAUCUACCAGGAACCACCUGGUUCUGCACAACCUUUACCAUGGCAAGGGAGAGCGCAGCCCUGAGGAAGUGGCUAGCUUAGUGGGGCUCAGGUUGCCCACACAGCCAGGAGGCAAAGGCUGGGAGAAGUGAGGACAAGGAAGGGUCCUACAUCUUGAAACUCCCCAGAAAUGGCUUUUCUGUGGCUGAUUCAUCUAAUCUCGUACCAUUCGCCUCAUAUUAAGGGAUAACUGUAACUCCAGCUGGCAGACUGGAGACUCUGCCAUCAUGGACUGUAUUGAGGGAGCACCUGUUGUCGGGGGGUGGGGUGUUGAAGCAACUGUGAAAGUAUAAGUAAUGAUUAAAUAUCUGUUGUUGAGCUGUAAAUAUACUGUACCCUACAGCUUAUCCACGCCUACUUUUAUUUGUUUCCUAACUGGUGAAGUUUCUUUUGAAAACCAAAAGCAAACAUUAAAAAAACCUGUAAAUACAUUUUCCAUUUUGAUUUCAUUUGUCCCAGUAAAAUAUGAAUCACUGUUACACUUCCUGUGUUUUUUUUUAAGAACUGGGUUACACAUAUCACAUUAACAAACAUCCUGCGUGCAUGUGAAUUAAACUGGUAAUUAAAUCCAUCUAUUACUAAAUUUACAUGCACAGAAGGAGCCAGAGCCAAGUGAAUAUAUAUCACACUAAUCAAAUGGAUGGACUCACUGAGGAUAUUUAACAUAUGUUAUUUGUUGAAUGUGAAAUUAGUCACAUGGGUUUGGUGAAUUCAUGUCUUCAUGGUCACAACUGUUUGCCCAGUCAUCUGUGAAGUUCUUUACAGUUUUUCCUAUUUCACCUGUCGUCAGCUAAAGCGUAACACUGCCUGUCUGCCAGCUGUGUUCCAAUGUUUUGUAUUUGCAUGUGUGUGUGUGAUGUGGUGGACAACAAAAAGCAACCUAUGUACAGUCUAAUGCAAAACAAUGCAAUAGCCCUGCAGUAAAAACCAGCUCGAUGAAGCUUCUGGGCAACCUAGUGUAGUUAACGAAAAAUCACAAUAUUACAGUCUUUGUUGCUGAUGGUCUUGGGCUUAUGCAGAAGAUGUUUGAGACAUUUGAGAGUAUAUGACUGAGCUCAUUAAAGGUUAUGUCUUUUUUCCA